AUGGAGCUUGGUCUGAGCUUGGGAGACGCAGCAAAAUCAUUUGAGUUCUUUCCUAGAAAUUCCAAUCUUAACACCAUCGCCACCAACAACACUGGUCUAGGUGUCUGCAUGGCCUUGGGAAUCAAUUUAAAUGGAAGAGUACAAGAACAAGUCAAAGCACCAGAAUCAAUCCAUGAUGAUUCUCCGGACACAUCAGAAGAAACCAUUAAAACACAGACAAGAGACCAUCUUGACCAAAGGGUCUCUCUUUCUCCUCCUGUUCAGCUUGAUCUCCUCCCUCUCUAUCCUGUUCCUCGACACACACCUUCACAUCAACGACCCUUUCCUUGGCCCUCCGAUGACGGGAGUUCGGAUAAGGAUUCGUCAGGAAACAUGAGAUUACCGGUGGCGCGGGGGUUUGAGGUGAACAAAACGCCAACGGCGGCGGAGGAGGUGUCGUCACCGAACAGUGUGGCGUCGUCGUUUCAGAUGGAUUUCUCUCUUUACAUGGCCGGAAAUGGAGGGAAAAAGAGGGACGCGGAAGCGACUGGCAACGAUACGGUAGACGCCGAAGACGAUGAGAAUGGUCUAAAUUCUCGUAAGAAGCUCAGACUCUCCAAGGAGCAAUCUGCUUAUCUUGAAGAAAGCUUCAAGGAACACAAUACCCUCAAUCCUAAACAAAAGCUUGCACUUGCAAAACAGCUUAAUCUUCGGCCUCGUCAAGUUGAAGUCUGGUUUCAGAACAGAAGAGCAAGGACUAAGUUGAAGCAAACGGAGGUAGAUUGUGAGUAUCUAAAGAGGUGUUGUGAAACACUAACAGAAGAGAACAAGAGGCUACACAAGGAGCUCCAAGAACUCAGAGCUUUGAAGAAAUCAAACCCAUUUUACAUGCAACUUCCAGCCACCACCCUCACCAUGUGUCCCUCUUGUGAGCGUGUUGCCACCACCUCCACCGCCCCUCCAACCACCACCACCAAUACCAACAACACUGACUCUAACCCCAAAGCCACGCCUUUUUCUCUCUCUAGACCCAGUUUCUUCCCAUUCUCCAGCACACCAGCCCAAUCCCAUCAGUCUGCGGCAUCAUAAAUAUCAGAGAUAAUAAAAAGGGUUGGAACGUUGGAGAAAGAAACCAUCGAAACUUUUUCAAUGGUGGAAAUUGGUAUUAGUAAAAUACUGAAGAAGCGUGAGGUUUCUGAUUCAGCUGUUUGUAGAUAAGCGCUUUUGUUUGAUGUUUGGGGGUUCUGAAGUUAGGAUUUUUUUGGUCUUUGUGAAGAUUUCAUUACAGACAAAGUAGUUUGGCCAGACUUUGGGAGGGAGGGGUAGAAAAAUAGAUUAGAGGAAAAUCUUAUUUCCAUUCUUUUUUCUUGGAAAGUAAAGAUGGAAAGAAAAUAGAGGAAAAUUUUUAUUUCUACUAUU